AGAAACUCGACCAAGAUGAAAGAUAUUUCUAUUGGUCUUUGCUCGCGUCAACAUCAUCUGCAUUCCUAGAACUGCCUUCGUGGUUGCUAUUCGGAAGCGGACAGUCCUCUGGAACUUCGAAUAAGGCAAAGGGCAAAAGUCAGUCUACAACAGCCUGGAGGUGGUGGGUUGUUGUUGGUGUCAUAGCGACAUUUGGCGCAGUGGGAGCAUUUGCGGCUGUCGUUCAGUUUUUGGCGCCGGUUUAAAGGGAAAGAGCUAGAUAUCGAAUGUGGAGUAGUUGUAACGACAGUAAGAGUAAAAGCACCCUCCACAUAUCUAUCCUAUCGCUAUCCUAUAUUAUACUUUUGAAUAACAAUAAACCAUAGGGCGAACAAACAAGCGUCUUUUUCCGCUAGGUAGAAGUUGUUUCACAAGCAAAAUUUCUAUACUAAGAAAACAUCAUGAUCAUAUUCAUAGAUAGUUCUACUUACCCCGCCGUCCUCCCCAGUCAUUAUCAGGCUGCACAGUUAAAAUGUUUCACAACCUGAAUCUUUUAUUGUUGUCGUCAGCCACCCUUAUUGUAAUUGCACAGAUGCUACAGUCUUGCUCGUUGAACAAGAAGAAGAACACAGUCAAAAUAUACAUCUGCGCACAUAUGUCUAACGACCCAUCCCCAGGCCCAGACGUUUUCUAACUACAUGUAGCGCGGAAAAAGUCUCAAAACCACUAAAAAGCGCCCUCAAUCCCUCCUAUCUUGAUGAUUGUUUCCUUUUCCCUUUCAAGGAUCUCAUCUGAAGCGGCAUGAAGAAUAGAAGGACGUUCCGUCGAGGGAUAAGCUGAUUCUUCUGCCGUACAUUCAGGUCGUGUUCCUCUGUGAAAGUGAGACGAGCCACGAGAACUUAAGUCUGUCACAUCUUCCGCAUCUUCCUCUGUUGGUGUAAGAGAGAUAAAAUUCAAAACGAAGAAGCCCUGUGUGAGACUGACAUCUACAACUGGUCGUUAAUCCUUUUGAGAAUCCUUUUGAGAUGUCCAUAGGUAGAUGAUCAUAGACCACUUCGAGUUUCUGAGAAACUGUGUGCUACUAGUCCCGCUAUUAAGGCUAAAUACACUUACACCCUCUCCCCUUUAGUAUGAGGCAGGUCGUGAACGUGAUAAAGUUUUUCGUUUUCAAGCUGCGAUAAGGAUAAGCAUAAGCAGUAUCUUGUUCCUUAACACUUCACUCUGAACGGUAGAUUGACCCAAGCACUUUCAACAUUCCCUAUUUUGUUUCGGUAUUCUUUUCAUCGUCACGAUAGCCUUGUACUAGCACUGGAUAGCAUCAAUUAUGUAAGUUCUGCGUCUACACGAUUUCUUAUUUCGCAUAAUCUGCUGCGCACAUCCCUACCUACACACAAAAUGGCACCAUUAACAAUUAUCACUUCAUCUGAGAAAAUGGUGCGCAAGGACAUCGCACAAGUGGGAACAAUAUGCCCAUCUCCCACAACAUGCUCAUCUUCAACGGAGAGUCAGCGCAAAGGAGAAACUUGGAAGCGCUUACUCAUGCAGCGCUGUUUGCUGAAUGAGUUGGAAGCUCUUCCGAUUUACUCGUUUCUGCCAGCAAAGAGCAGUGGAGCUAGUGCCGCAGUGGCAUAUAUGUUGGGGAAGCGAUGCGGAGAGCGAUUCCAGUACGCGUAUUCGAGACAGGUGAGGCGCACUGAGACCGAAUGGCGCAUCUAUUUAGAGGGAGAUGCGGUUGCGAUGGCUGUCUUGAGGCAAAAGAAGGACGAACCUUGGAUCACAGCAAGGAUAGAGAAAGAAGCGGAAGUAGCAGGAAAUCGAGCUAUAAGGACACAAAAGGAGAGCCACGAGUGUUAUUCGGAUGUAGCAAAGCGAAAAGGCGCUCCUAAUUAUCAAAAGGAGGAAUUCAUCCAUGGGCAAGACGUCCUUGGUCGAAAUCCGUCCUGUUUCCCAAGACCCACUGCCUUGAGCGAUCCGACAAAGAUGCCGUUUGGAAGUAUCGAAGAGAAGAAGGUUGCGAUGAAGGCUGGCAAACAAGCAGUUGCAGUUGUUCCGACAACUUCUACCACGCCAUCCAAAGUCCUCCGAGAAAACGACAUGCGAAGGAAGCAGCUUGCUGCGAGAGAACUUUUGAACAAGGGUAAAAAAGUUCAAAAGGAGGUCCACCCUCUUAGCUUGUUUAAGGACGAAAAUGGUGCUGCAGCUGAAGUGGAAAAGCCCGCUGAUGCUCCUGUUAUUAGCCCUGAACAAGAAGGCCGGGAUGUAGAGGUAGAGCUCGAAGUCCCAGAGAUUUCUCCUCUUGAUAUUUUCGUUGAAAAAAUGGACGCUGAACGCUUUUCCUAUGACGCAACAGCUCAGAUUAGCGCUCUCGCGGAUGGCCCUAUCGAUCCUGCGACAGUCGCGGAGGCAGAAGGUGGCAAUAGAAAAGAGAAACCUGAAGAAGAUCCUGAAGCUCUCUCCGAUGAUGCCAAAGACAAUCUCAUUCCUCAUGACCCAAUAGCGCAAGUAAGCGGCAUUGCGAUUCCUGAGCAUCGAUUUGAUGGCUUGCCACCUACAAUAUUCGACAAAAAAACUCAACCGCCCAAUCGGCAACCUAGGAGAGCCAUUGCUUUCUCUCGACCAAGUGAAGAGCACCUUGAUCGGAGCUACGACCCUGCUUCUCAAACGAGGACGCCGCAAAAUGCAUCGCAUUUGUAUGAGAGCAUCUUCAGCAGUUCUUUUUACUGUUGCCGAGGUUGCAAUUUACCUCUAUAUGCCAGAGAUGAAGCACAAAUAAUACACGGUGAGGAACGACAACAAGGAGUGUUGCCUUUAUUUCCGACAUCUCUCUAUUCCGGGGGUAUGUAUUUUCAUCACGUUUCCCUUGUUGUGCCGGACAAGGAGAUAGGAGGACCUGUGGGGUUGCCUUUGGUUGGUGCUAGUACUGAAAGCAAAAACUCGACCGCUGCUACUCUUGUUAAAGCUGACAAGACUAAAAAAGCCAAAAUGUUGUCACCUCACGUCCUGUUGCUCGAAGUACACUGCAAGCGAUGCGACUGUUAUGUGGGUAAGCUGAUGGUGACGAAUGUUUAUGAGAGGACGGACAAAGGAGAGGUCUUAAGUCUCGGGAUAAGAGAACGACACUUGGUGAAUCAAAAUGCUGUCCAAGUUUUCCCACAAGCUCAAGCGCCUAGCCCCCUCGACGAAUUCCGUGGGCGCGGCAACACAGCACUCUCAUCGCGGACAUUUUUCUCGGACGUGUUUUCCUCGACCUCAUAAUAGGCUUGAAAGAUUUAUAAAGAAUCAGUGCAGAUACU